AUGACGCCUGCCAGUGUCGACGUGAAGCCGACCACCUUCCUUGACCUCCCCCCCGAGCUUCGAAAUGCCAUAUACGAUAAUGUUGCUAACCUAUCACGAAGUUCAGCAGCUAACUCAAGGAAGAAAAUGAUCCCAAGAGGCACCAUCACGCUACGAUCCGAAGAUGCCACCGCCAGCAGCAAGAGUCAACCAAGGCCACACGAAAACCAAAACCUCUCCCUCCUCCUCACAACCAAACAAAUCCACCACGAAACCCUCCCAAUCUUCCUCUCCACCCACCGCAUCCGCAUCACAGACGCCGCAUGGCUGCGCGUCCUCACCAUGAACACCUCCCACCUCGACAGCAUAACGCACCUCGUAAUCGAUAAAUCUACCACAUCCUCCCUCUCCAAAGCCCUCCUCAACGCCAGCGCCCUUCCCAGCCUCGCGAAUCUCGACAUCCGCAUCUCAAAUUUCCGCUUCAGCAAAGCGAAGCCUUCCCUUGAGAAAGGGUUCCCGGUCUUGAAGGAGCUGUGUGUUCGGGAGCCGAAGUUGGACGCUAUGAUGGAGCACUUAGCGCUGGAGGAGGAUGAGGCGGGAGCGAGUUCGUGCAUUUAUUCUGUGGAGGAUUUUCAAGCUUGGAGGGAGAGUUGGAAGAAAGCGGUGUCGUGGAGGGCGUUGGAUAGGGAGGUGGAGAAGGAGGUGAGGGAGAGGAUGGUGAGGAUGGUUUGGGUGAGAUUAUUCUGA